AUGGCCGACACUUCCGCGAACGCAGCUCAGCUGCCACCUCCUCAGCCCAAUCAAGGAGCUCCCGGCUACGAGAACGGCCAGAAGCCCCCUCCGCCCCUCCACAUCCCGCAGAACACCAAGCCAAUCCCAACUGCUAUCACGUCGCCAAUGUCUGGUGUAGAGAAUGUUAUGUCUCCCGGCGGCAGCGUAACCGGGUUCGGUCGUCGAUCCGCGCCUGAGCCGAACAAGCGAGCCCUGUAUGUCGGUGGCCUAGACCAGCGCGUUACCGAGGAUGUUUUGCGCCAGAUCUUCGAAACCACGGGCCAUGUCCAGAACGUUAAGAUCAUCCCUGACAAGAACCAAAGGGGAUACAACUAUGGGUUUGUCGAGUACGAUGAUCCGGGCGCAGCUGAGAGAGCCAUGCAGACCCUCAAUGGGAGACGCGUUCACCAGUCGGAAAUUCGCGUCAACUGGGCCUAUCAGUCGAAUACAACGAGCAAGGAGGAUACUUCGAACCACUUCCAUAUUUUCGUUGGCGAUCUCUCGAACGAGGUGAACGACGAUCUUCUGCACCAGGCCUUCUCCGCGUUUGGAACCGUCUCCGAGGCUCGCGUCAUGUGGGAUAUGAAAACUGGCCGAUCCCGGGGCUACGGAUUCGUCGCAUUCCGUGAUCGGCCUGAUGCCGAGAAGGCAUUGAGCUCUAUGGACGGAGAGUGGCUCGGCUCGCGGGCUAUUCGCUGCAACUGGGCCAACCAGAAGGGCCAGCCCUCCAUUGCCCAACAGCAUGCCAUGCAGGCCAUGGGAAUGACCCCAACUACGCCCUUCGGACAUCAUCAAUUCCCCGCCAACGGUAUGGGCAGCUAUGAGGUGGUCCUAGCUCAGACCCCGAGCUGGCAGACAACUUGCUAUGUUGGCAAUCUUACUCCCUACACCAGCCCGCCUGAUGUUGUGCCGCUGUUUCAAAACUUUGGCUACGUUGUCGAAUCUCGUUUCCAGGCGGACCGAGGCUUUGCGUUUAUCAAGAUGGAAAGUCACGAGGCCGCUGCCAUGGCCAUCUGCCAAAUGAACGGCUAUAACGUCAAUGGCCGUCCCUUGAAGUGCAGUUGGGGAAAGGACAAGACCCCGAACUCGGCCACCUUCGAUCCCUCGCAGCAGGGCUACAGCCCCCAAAGUGCGUCAGCUCAGACCUAUCCAGGUACACCCACUACGUACUUCCCGCAGUACGGCAGCCAAUAUAGCGGACAACCUGGGAACUACGGGGGCCCGGCUGCCCAAUCCCCUGCUGGCUACGGUCCUCAGUCGAUGGGCUACGGUGGUCCCCAAAGUGCUGGAGGCUAUGGUCGCGGUCAACAGCCGCCCGGUAACCAGUGGUCUCAGGGACCUCAGGGGCCCCAGGGAGCCCAGGGAAACCAGGGCCAAUCCUAUAAUAACGGUUAUAGCGGCUACCAGGGGUGA